GAAUGGCCUAAAAAGUCCCUCCUACACUUUGCUAUCACAGUAGUAUUUGACAGAAAUGACCAACUUACAUCUUUCGCUUAUUUUAGUGAUAUUCUCACUUUCUGGAGUAUUUUCCUCUGGUUUUUUGCAAAUCCGUCUGAAAAGUGCAUACCCACUUGAUACUACCGUAUCAUUGUCCCGAGGGAAUGGCUCAGCAUAUCUGAAGCUUCCAAUUGCUCUGAAAGCCAACACGACAAGAGAACUCGGGCGGUUCCCAAUUGAAAUGCUGGGAAAUUACAGUCUGGUAAUUACUGGAGACAAAGUUGAAGAACUAGGAAUCAAAAGCAGCACGUACACGGCAUCCUUCAACUCAACUCUAGGAACACAUUCUCCAAUGAAACUAAAUCUACCAUUGAACGGAUUGGAAAUCGAUAUUGCCUGUGAUAAGAAAAAAAUUUCAAAAAAAGAAAUCGACCGAAAUUUUGAAAAACUCCAAAUUCCAAAAAACUUCAGAAACUGGAAGGGUGCCAAAUGCGACGUUCCUUGUCAGGAAAAAUGUACCGCCGACACAAAAAUCGAUAAUCCAUUGAAAGUAGAUAUUGAUUAUUCCAUUGAUUUGUCAAAACUGCCAACAUUUGUCCAAAGGCUCAAAGAGACCACCCACGUGGAUAAUAAGAUCAGAGUUCCGACUGGAACCCCUAGACAGGUCCCUAAGGAGGUUUCAAAAGAAACGAAAUCGAAAGAAUCCAACUCGGAUGCCUUGGGAAAUUCAAUAUCAAGACUUAUCUCGUCGUUGAAGAAUUUUAUUUCUGGAGGCCGCUCUAGCAUUAUUCCAGGAAUUUCUGUCACAAUGUCAAGAUCUGAUUCAGAAAGCGAGAAAAAUGAUGAGGGAAACAAAAAUGAAGAAAACACUGACUCGGGAAUCACGAAACAUUCACGGCUAUCGGAAAUUCUCGGAUCAAUGCGCCGAUCCCCGCCAGCCUCCUUCUCCGUUGAUGAUGGACCUUCGAGACACUCUCCAUUAACGUUCUCGGAAUAUCUCCGGUCGCAGCGGCCAUCCCCUCCAUCAUCCUUCUCUUUGGACGACGGACCUUCGGUUCAAAGGAUCUCUCCAAUAGACAUGUCCACGGAAAAUUUUGGAACAGAACGUAAAUCUCAACCAAUUUCAUUCUCCAUGGAUGAUGGGCCUUCGAUUCCAGGACUUCCGGGAAUGUUCUCUCCAUUCGGAAUGCUCAGCUCAAUGAUGUCCCGUUUCCCAAGAAGCACUACUCAGCAAAAAUCAGAAUUUUCUGGAAUCACCGCCGAGGACAUCGCCGCCGAUGGAAUUAUCAAAAACUAAAAUUGUUCCUGUUUUCUUAAUAUAUUUUUCAAAAAUAAAUUUUGUCAAUAAAUUCGAAA